GCCGGUACCCCCGUGACCGGCACCCACAGGACAGGCACUCCAGACCUGGACAGGAACCACACUCAUGAUGGUCUCCCUGGAACUCCCCAGCGCACCCCCCAGAGUCAGGCCAGCUUCCCGCACAUCACCCAGUCCCCCUCCGUUGUUCUCCACAACAGCCUCCCCACCACCACUAAGCCUCCCCUGGCCAGUGGCUCCCCCUCUCUCUGUCUGGGGAAGUUCUCCCCACAGAGACUCAGCGCUGAGGCCUCUUCAAGCCGAGACGUCGUGGAAAUCCCCCAUCUGUCUCAGUCACUCCUGCCUCUCAGCCCGACCAAAAACCAGCUCCUUCAGUCAGGACUACAACCGCUCAGCCCGACCAAGAAUCAGCUCCUUCAGUCAGGACUACAAACCCCAGAGAAGCACAGGAAGGUAUUAGUGAUCCGUAGGCCGGAUGUGGAUCUGGACCCAAUCACCUCCCCUCCCCCCCAGCACCUGGCCCUGGUAACCCAGUGGACCCAACAGUGGAGUGGAUCUAAUAUUGUGCUGAAUGGACACAGAGAAAUGGACACAGAGAAAACAGGUAGACAUGGACAGGUAGAGUCAGGGAAACUACCUCAUGAAGUAACUUACCUUAGGCCAGGCUCCUACGAUGAGAGGAUUCAGCAGAUGAAAGCAGCCAACAAGGAAGAUGGUGAGUCCUUUUAUUUCAUUCAUUAUAUUUACCUAGCCAGGAUAGUCCGCUCAGUAACACUGGCAUAUCUUUCCCAGAGGGGUAUACUACAAAGCAGGAUCAAGGAGUUAUCCAGCUAACUUCCCUGAAUAUUCUGAACAGAGUGGCUGCAGAUCAGAAUUUUCCCAGACCUUUUUUUUCCCGAACUAAAGAUUCUGAAGCUUCUGUCCAUGUGUUUGUUCUAUACUUUAGGCACAGAGAACAGUGGAGAACAGUGGAGAACAGUGGAGAACAGUGGGAGAACAGUGGGAGAACAGUGGGAGAACAGUGGGAGAACAGUGGGAGAACAGUCUACUCUGGUGAAUGGCGCUCGUUUUAAUAAAGUUAUAUCAAAGCUGAAUCAAUGUCUGCAAGGUCACAUAAUGAUAGUAUUCUACAUAACAGAAGUGAAUAUAAUAGCAUAGUAUAACUGUAAGACAAAAACGCCAGCACAUUUAUUAUCUCUCAUGUGGCCAAAAGUCGACAACAGCACGUCCCACUAGGCAUAAUACACAGGUAGGUAAUGCUACAGCUGUUAACACCAUAGCUCUAAAAUUCAUUCACUAUACAUAAUUCAGGUAGGUUACCUGGAAACAACACUGUAUAACUCAAUACCAUUUUAAUGUACAGUACCAGUCAAAAGUUUGGACACAUCUACUCAUUCAAGGGUUUUUCUUUAUUUUUACUAUUUUCUACAUUGUAAAAUAAUAGUGAAGACAUCAAAACUAUGAAAUAACACAAAUGGAAUCAUGUAGUAACCAAAAAAGUGUUAAACAAAUCAAAAUAUAUUUUAUAUUUUAGUUUCUUCAAAGUAGCAACCCUUUGACUUGAUGAAAGCUUUGCACAUUCUUGGCAUUCUCUCAACCAGCACAAAUAUCCUAUUUUUCGAAAAUCGUCAGUCCACAUGUCAAGUGUAAUUGCGCCAUUGUAUUUACCCAAGUUCUCUCUCAACUCCGGGACCACCCGCCAGCUUAUAUAUAUAUAUAUAUAUAUAUAUAUAUAUAUAUAUCUAUAAAAAAAAAAAUCUGAUGCAGGACUCUAGUGCGAUAGGAGAGAGAUUGACUGAAACAUUCACACCUCCAUUAAUUUUCAAAACAAUAGUCUAAUAGCUCGGCUAGAUUUGAAAAAUCCCCCAAUUUGUGCCAGAGUUUAGACUACUGAUAGACGAUGCGUUCAGUCAGAGUUUAGACUACUGAUAGACGCUGCGUUCAGUCAGAGUUUAGACUACUGAUAGACGCUGCGUUCAGUCAGAGUUUAGACUACUGAUAGACGAUGCGUUCAGUCAGAGUUUAGACUACUGAUAGACGCUGCGUUCAGUCAGAGUUUAGACUACUGAUAGACGCUGCGUUCAGUCAGAGUUUAGACUACUGAUAGACGCUGCGUUCAGUCAGAGUUUAGACUACUGAUAGACGCUGCGUUCAGUCAGAGUUUAGACUACUGAUAGACGCUGCGUUCAGUCAGAGUUUAGACUACUGAUAGACGCUGCGUUCAGUCAGAGUUUAGACUACUGAUAGACGAUGCGUUCAGUCAGAGUUUAGACUACUGAUAGACGAUGCGUUCAGUCAGAGUUUAGACUACUGAUAGACGCUGCGUUCAGUCAGAGUUUAGACUACUGAUAGACGCUGCGUUCAGUCAGAGUUUAGACUACUGAUAGACGCUGCGUUCAGUCAGAGUUUAGACUACUGAUAGACGCUGCGUUCAGUCAGAGUUUAGACUACUGAUAGACGCUGCGUUCAGUCAGAGUUUAGACUACUGAUAGACGCUGCGUUCAGUCAGAGUUUAGACUACUGAUAGACGAUGCGUUCAGUCAGAGUUGAGUCCUAUUGUAAAAGUGUAGCCUAACGGCCAAAAAAAGGGCAAAAUUGCAACGUAUUCGAUGCUUAAGUCCUCUAAAGGUUUGCAUUUCUAACUCAAUAUCACAGACCUGAUUUUCCCUAAUGAAGAAUGCAUCAACCCCUACAAAUAUAUUCAUUUAUUAUAAUCCAGAUAAUAAUUCAAACGAAAUGAGCUGUAGCAAGAGGAGAGACUGCAUGCUAAAGACAAUCAGAAAGAACAUGUGGUGUAUUGAGAAAUGUAUUAUGUGUUAAUGAGUUUAGAUUUAAAAUGGUUGCAAAUAGCCAAUGGGAUUUGUAUGCAGGGGUUGAAUUAUUUGAAUUAACAAAUGACAAUGGGGUUUCCGUUCUUGCAUUGAAGUGAUUUGGAUUACGUGAUGCAAGGGGGGGGGUGAAAGUUCAAUGAUGUAUUGGGGAGUUGUGCUGAAGACACUGUAGAGAGUGGUCCGCUGGAAUUGAUAAGGAGAACAUGACAUAAAUCUGUUCUGUUUAUUAUAAAUACGCUUCGGAGUCUUCAGUAAAAGAACCCAGCAUCUUAGGAUGCAACAGAAUGUGUCUUUAACCCUGCAUUAUAAUAUCAUUUAUUUUGAACAAAAGCCAGGAAUGAGUGAGUCACUCAGCCCAAUGCUUCUGUUCCUGUUUCUGUUUGCCUAUUUGAGAGUUUGUUUAAUAUCCUACUGAUUCAGGUGAUCACCAAGCCUCAUGCAACCUCAAAAUGUCGGAUAAAGCAAUUUCACAAAUCCGGCUGUUUUUAAACUCUGCUAUGCUUUAUUAAAGGCUUUACAAAAAAAUUUUUUAUUAGAACAGACUCUCUGGUAUUACAUAUAAUUUAUUUAGUAUUGUUUACACUGUUCCAAACUGGCAGAUAAAGUAUAUUGUGAUCUAACAGCACCUGUUUGUCAUGCAACAGUAUCUCUUGCGCUUUUGACAAUGAUUUGACAUGAUAUGCCUAAAAUACUUAUAUCCACUAGGCUAAUAAAUAAUCACUUUUUUUUUUCCUUUCGAUGAUUUAAUUAACCUAUAUGUUAUUUCUAGUUAUCCCUUUUGGAGCGCAUGCAAAAGCGAUUUGGUGUUGUUGAACGGGAGUGACAAAAUGUAUUACAACUGAAUUUAAAUGAACUGAAUGAUGAGGAUGAUGAAGAAGAGGGUGGUUGAAUUCAGAAUAAUAGUGUAAGAAUUGGUCUUCCUCUGUCCCGCGCGCACACUCCCAAAAAGUAGAGGCCUGGGCGUUGUUGUUCACUAGUUUACUCCAAGUAGGGAAAGGAUGGUGGGGUUGGAAAGUAAUAAAGGGGAGUAUAUAUAUAUAUAUAAAAGUGAUGCAGACAACUACAUUGAUAGAAGAUACAAUCUAUCUGCAAUAUUAAGCUGAUCCAUUCCCCCAGAAAAAAAUUAAAAUAAAAAUUACAAAUAAAGGAAAAAAUCAAAAAAAAUGAUUAAAAUGUAAAUGAUUUUUUUUUUAAAGAUUUGCUCUUCCUCUGUAAUACUUUUAGAGAUGUCUGCUAAUUGAACAAGUUAAUGGCAACAACAUAAAGCGUGAACACAAAGGGGGAAAAAAAGGUUUCACAUAUUUUCAAGACCGGAGUUUUUUAAUGUGUUGUAUUUAUUACAUGUACUUGUGGAAUGUUAGCGAAUAGAUGACAACAAUAGAGAGAAUAAUCUGGUGGCGUUGGUAGAGAGUCAGGUGGAGGAUGGAGUGAAAGUGCACUACUGUCAGUACGCAACAACGCUGUGGGCCAGGUGGGAAUGGUUUAGCAGCCGGGCCAGGUGGAAAUGGUUUAGCAGCCGGGCCAGGUGGAAAUGGUUUAGCAGCCGGGCCAGGUGGAAAUGGUUUAGCAGCCGGGCCAGGUGGAAAUGGUUUAGCAGCCAGGCCAGGUGGAAAUGGUUAGCCAGGCCAGGUGGAAACUAGGUUACUAGUCCUACUCCCGACCGGUCGCUUAGUAACCCUCUAGCUACCCUACCAUAAUAAACACAUCUAGCUACCCUACCAUAAAAAACACAUCUAGCCACCCUACCAUAAAAAACACAUCCAGCUACCCUACCAUAAAAAACACAUCCAGCUACCCUACCAUAAAAAACACAUCCAGCUACCCUACCAUAAAAAACACAUCCAGCUACCCUACCAUAAAAAACACAUCUAGCUACCCUACCAUAAAAAACACAUCUAGCUACUCUACCAUAAGAAACACAUCUAGCUACCCUACCAUAAAAAACACAUCUAGCUACCCUACCAUAAAAAACACAUCUAGCUACCCUACCAUAAAAAACACAUCUAGCUACUCUACCAUAAGAAACACAUCUAGCUACCCUACCAUAAAAAACACAUCUAGCUACCCUACCAUAAAAAACACAUCUAGCUACUCUACCAUAAGAAACAACACGGCAGCAAAUCAAUUGUCAGGGAAACAACAGAACAUUAUAUGCCAGAGCAGAAUUCUGUCUGAAUAGGUACAGAUGCAGCAGUUUUUUUUUAUUGUCUGAAAGUUAUCAAUUGUUGCUGUCGACCCAUUACUGUAGCUGAGUUUGAUGUCUGUAAAGGCUUUCAGUAGAUAUAACUUCAUCGCCCGGCCCUAGCAGUCAUACUUACGUAAUAGGACCAUUAUUCUGCAUUGUGAAAUAGAUUUUUCUUAUCGUUUUAAAGGAAAACCGAUAAUAUAAUGGCCGUUUUUUAAACGUUAAGCAAAAUUGUCAAUUUGUCAUAUCCCUAGUAUGGACGUGGUUUUGGGAACAGUAAUGAACAGUUUCAACAUUUCUACACGCCGGUGUCGCAUUAUUCAAGUGUGUUAACUUCUGUGCAGCGUGAGUGGCGAUGCGGACCAGCCUCCAGGUGAGUUCAGUUCUUCAGGACAGACUAGAGCCAGUAUGAGUGGGGAGUUAACAUGAUGCGGACCAGACUCCCAGUGAGUUAGUGGAGCAGGCAGGGUGUGGAGCCAACAUGAUGCAGCCCAGACUCCCAGUGAGUUUAGUUCUUCAGGACAGACUAGAGCCAGUAUGAGUGGGGAGUUAACAUGAUGCAGACCAGACUCCCAGUGAGUUAGUGGAGCAGGCAUGGUGUGGAGCCAACAUGAUGCAGCCCAGACUCCCAGUGAGUUAGUGGAGCAGGCAGGGUGUGUGAGUUAGUGGAGCAGGCAGGGUGUGUGAGUUAGUGGAGCAGUCAGGGUGUGCACUUUAAUAAGGGGUCGGCUACGCUGAUAGACAGGCUUGAUCCGUGAGACACAUUUGACAGAAGUACCGAAAGUAAAAAAAUAUAUAGUACCGACCCAUGUUCUAGUAUCGAAAAGGUACAGACGAUUCGGAAUACCUUGCAACACUAGUGUGUGCAUGCUGCUUCAGAGCCGGUGCUGUUCUUCCUCCAGACCAGCUGCUGCUUCAGAGCCGGUGCUGUUCUUCCUCCAGACCAGCUGCUGCUUCAGAGCCGGUGCUGUUCUUCCUCCAGACCAGCUGCUGCUUCAGAGCCGGUGCUGUUCUUCCUCCAGUCCAGCUGCUGCUUCAGAGCCGGUGCUGUUCUUCCUUCAGACAAACAUGCGUCAAAACUUUGUUCAUUUGAACAAUGUCUCUCGUUCACAUUCGCUUGUAAAUAUCCAACCUCACCAAAAAAAAAUAUUCUACCUAUAUACAGUGGGGAAAAAAAAUAUUUAGUCAGCCACCAAUUGUGCAAGUUCUCCCACUUAAAAAGAUGAGAGAGGCCUGUAAUUUUCAUCAUAGGUACACGUCAACUAUGACAGACAAAAUGAGAAUUAUUUUUCCAGAAAAUCACAUUGUAGGAUUUUUAAUGAAUUUAUUUGCAAAUUAUGGUGGAAAAUAAGUAUUUGGUCAAUAACAAAAGUUUCUCAAUACUUUGUUAUAUACCCUUUGUUGGCAAUGACACAGGUCAAACGUCUUCUGUAAGGUUUUCACACACUGUUGCUGGUAUUUUGGCCCAUUCCUCCAUGCAGAUCUCCUCUAGAGCAGUGAUGUUUUGGGGCUGUCGCUGGGCAACACGGACUUUCAACUCCCUCCAAAGAUUUUCAUUGGGGUUGAGAUCUGGAGACUGGCUAGGCCACUCCAGGACCUUGAAAUGCUUCUUACGAAGCCACUCCUUCGUUGCCCGGGCAGUGUGUUUGGGAUCAUUGUCAUGCUGAAAGACCCAGCCACGUUUCAUCUUCAAUGCCUUUGCUGAUGGAAGGAGGUUUUCACUCAAAAUCUCACGAUACAUGGCCCCAUUCAUUCUUUCCUUUACACGGAUCAGUCGUCCUGGUCCCUUUGCAGAAAAACAGCCCCAAAGCAUGAUGUUUCCACCCCCAUGCUUCACAGUAGGUAUGGUGUUCUUUGGAUGCAACUCAGCAUUCUUUGUCCUCCAAACACGACGAGUUGAGUUUUUACCAAAAAGUUCUAUUUUGGUUUCAUCUGACCAUAUGACAUUCUCCCAAUCCUCUUCUGGAUCAUCCAAAUGCACUCUAGCAAACUUCAGAUGGGCCUGGACAUGUACUGGCUUAAGCAGGGGGACACGUCUCGCACUGCAGGAUUUGAGUCCCUGGCGGCGUAGUGUGUUACUGAUGGUAGGCUUUGUUACUUUGGUCCCAGCUCUCUGCAGGUCAUUCACUAGGUCCCCCCAUGUGGUUCUGGGAUUUUUGCUCACCGUUCUUGUGAUCAUUUUGACCCCACGGGGUGAGAUCUUGCGUGGAGCCCCAGAUCGAGGGAGAUUAUCAGCGGUUUUGUAUGUCUUCCAUUUCCUAAUAAUUGCUCCCACAGUUGAUUUCUUCAAACCAAGCUGCUUACCUAUUGCAGAUUCAGUCUUCCCAGCCUGGUGCUGGUCUACAAUUUUGUUUCUGGUGUCCUUUGACAGCUCUUUGGUCUUGGCCAUAGUGGAGUUUGGAGUGUAACUGUUUGAGGUUGUGGACAGGUGUCUUUUAUACUGAUAACACGUUCAAACAGGUGCCAUUAAUACAGGUAACGAGUGGAGGACAGAGGAGCCUCUUAAAGAAGAAGUUACAGGUCUGUGAGAGCCAGAAAUCUUGCUUGUUUGUAGGUGACCAAAUACUUAUUUUCCACCAUAAUUUGCAAAUAAAUUCAUUAAAAAUCCUACAAUGUGAUUUUCUGGGUUUAUUUUCCUCAAUUUGUCUGUCAUAGUUGACGUGUACCUAUGAUGAAAAUUACAGGCCUCUCUCAUCUUUUUAAGUGGGAGAACUUGCACAAUUUGUGGCUGACCUAAAUACUUUUUUCCCCCACUGUAUGUAUAACUUUAUGAGCUGGAUUCCCUGUCUUUGCGAUUAGUUUAUUUUCCUUUGCGCUCAUUAGCAUAUUUAGCUAGCAGCCGCUAUGGAAAUUCGCUAGCACUUUAGCAAUUUCUUCUUCUUCUUCUCGUUCUGGUAAAGGUAAAGAAACACGUGUGCAGAAGCUUCGGGACCUUUUAGUCCGGGAAACAAAGGUCUGAGAAAAGUCGGAUCCACUAUUCUGAAAUAAAGUUGUAUUUUUUUAGAAGCACGAAAUGGGCUUGACAACCAAAAACACAUGUAUAAGUUUAGAAUUCUUAAUGAACCAGAAAAUCACCAGUUAUUUCUGGUAGUUUAUUAAAGUUAGCUGGUACACUCCUUGUAGUGUAUUCCCCAGGGAGUGCUGGGAUUCCUGUGUGUGUGUGUGUGUGUGUGUGUGUGUGGAGGACUGGAAGGUGUGGCAGUUAUAUCUAGAAGACGGUAGUCAACUUCAAGUUGGUCUCGAGGACCAUGUAAAAUAGAGCCACUUUGAGCGGCUAGAGUUGGGGAGUUUUUCUACAUGCGCGGGGCGUCUUUGUGUCUGUUGGUUGUUGAGAUGUUUUGUGUCUUGUGUUCUCCAGCUAAGAAGAAACCGUCCCCAAGUAUUGUGUUCAGAAAGGUAAGACCAACGCAACAUGAGAGAGCUGCAUGUUCCAUCUCUGCCUGCCUGCCGAACUCUUCCUUUCGCUCUGCGUGUUUAGGCUGCUCCUGUUCUGCUGGUGGAAUUGGAUAAGCAUCGUUUUAAUUCUGUGGCUGGUGACCAUAUCUGUCCUAUGUUAGUGUAAGGUGAAGUUGCCCCUAAGACACUGAUCCUGGGUCAGCUUAGCGUUUUCUCCACUAAUGGUUAAGGUUAGGAUUGGGGGGGAGAGGAAGCUGAUCCUGGAUCACCCCACAAUGUCCUGUGUUGGUCCUGAUGCACAAUUAUUUUGGUUGCAACAGAGUCAGGGUCUGGGUCUGUCAGUUGGUCCAGUCAUAAUACUGCCACCGUCCAGGAAAGAGGCCAUAGCUCCAUUGACAGACUGCUGAGGUACGGUAGAAUUCAUUCCAAAGAAACUUUCCAACACAGAGUUGAAGGUAUGACAUAGUUAUGAGGUAGGUAGUUUACAUUUACAUUUACAUUUAGCAGACGCUCUUAUCCAGAGCGACUUACAGGAGCAAUUAGGGUUAAGUGCCUUGCUCAAGGGCACAUCGACAGAUUUUUCACCUAGUCGGCUCGGGGAUUAGAACCAGCGACCUUUCGGUUACUGGUACAACGCUCUUAACCACUAAGCUACCUGCCGCCCUAAGUAGUUGUUGGUAGUAGGUAGUAGACCUUGGUGAAUAUUGCUGGUUUUGCAGUUAGGUAUCCCAUGUGGUAUUGUGUUGUUGUAUUAGUGCGAGCUAUAAUGUUUAAAUUAUCUGAAGGUUGGCUAAAGGGGCAGGGGAUUAAGGUUGGCUUUUGAGGGAGGACUGUGGGGCAUGUUUCAGCUGUCGACAGCUGGACAACAACUAUACCCCCGUCCCCUCGACGACCUGUCUCUACCCAUCUAUUCAUCCACAUGAGACGCUGUCACAACAUACAGUCCUGGAAGACAGAGAAAUAGAGUGAAAGACCAAAGUAAAAUGGUAAGAGAAACACACUGCUACAUAAGGAGUAAGGACUCUGUCUGCCUCGGGCAUGGGUAGGCAACCCUGGUCCUGGUCCUUCUGGUCCCUUCAUGUUUUUGAUGUAGUCUAUCUGGAAGACCAGAUGUGUUGAAUUUAGUCGAUCACUGAAGCGAUCAUUUAGCUUUAGUAGUGCCUCGUUGGGACAGAAUCCUGCUCUAACUGAGGCGCUCCAGGAACCGGGUUGCCUACCCCGACUUAGGGGGUUCCAUUUCUGUGAUUACGCCACACGUGGGGGGGGGGUCUAUCAGCAUUUUCAGAGGGGCCUAGAGCCAGGGUGUUGGAAGACAGGCCGAAUUCACCACACCACAUGCAGCAAUAUUGCAUUUUUAAAUUUUAAAGGCAAGUGCAGCACAAGCAUUGGGCUAUUUGCGCUGCAGGAAUAGUUGUCAUGUCACUAAUGAGGGUCUAAAACUGAGCCUUGCGGGACACCACAAUAGUUAUGUAGAAUAGUUCUUAGCAUAGUGUUUGUUUCCUCGUUUACCAGUUUUCACUGACCGCCUGUUGACUUGAUCUUCAAUGAUUUUAUUUGUAACCGUAGGCUACCUAACUCUAAACUGGCCUUGAUCAGAUUCCAGACUAAUCAAUGCAUGGGUUGAAGCUUUGCACGAUAACUUCUUUCUUUUGCGUCAACCUUGACUACUAACUAGCCUCUUAUUAACCUUUGCACUCAUGUUUGUAAAGUGCAUGGUUUUUACCUUUUUAAAAUAUAUAAAUCAAAGUGAUGAUUAAUUUAGGCCUAUAGUAAUGGCAUAGUUAUCUGGCUGUAAUGGAUAGGGUUGCAACAUGCUGGUAACAUUCCCAACAUUCCCAGGUUUUCCAGAAAUCCCGGUUGAAGGGGGAUUACUUAUUUCCUCUUGAUUACUGGAAUAUUCCAACUGGGAUUUCUGGGAAACCUGGGAAUGUUGGGAAAUGUACAGACAUUCUGCAACCCUACUAGAAUUACAUUAGUAGAUGGCGCCCUAUUCCCGAUAUAGUGCACUACCCUCUGGGUCCUGGUCAAAAGUAGUGCACUACCCUAUGGGUCUGGUCAAAUGUAGUGCACUAUAUACGGAUUAGGGUGCCAUUUGGGACUCAUUCAUAGUGUGACUGUUGUGCUGGUCGGUCUGUCCUCAGGUGGGGGGUGAUAAAUGGGUUCUAGGAGGGAAACAACCGGAGUUCAAAGAAGAGGAAUUCGGCAACAGCGGCACCACUCCACUUCACACUAAGGUACGCUUUAUAACACCACUCCACUUUACACUAAGGUACGCUUUAUAACACCACUCCACUUUACACAAAGGUACGCUUUAUAACACCACUCCACUUCACACUAAGGUACGCUUUAUAACACCACUCCCACUUCACACUAAGGUACGUUUUAUAACACCACUCCACUUCACACUAAGGUACGCUUUAUAACACCACUCCACUUCACACUAAGGUACGCUUUAUACACCACUCCACUUUACACUAAGGUACGCUUUAUAACACCACUCCACUUCACACUAAGGUACGCUUUAUAACACCACUCCACUUCACACUAAGGUACGCUUUAUAACACCACUCCACUUCACACUAAGGUACGCUUUAUAACACCACUCCACUUCACACUAAGGUACGCUUUAUAACACCACUCCACUUCACACUAAGGUACGCUUUUAUAACACCACUCCACUUUACACUAAGGUACGCUUUAUACCACCACUCCACUUCACACUAAGGUACGCUUUAUAACACCACUCCACUUUACACUAAGGUACGCUUUAUAACACCACUCCACUUCACACUAAGGUACGCUUUAUAACACCACUCCACUUCACACUAAGGUACGCUUUAUAACACCACUCCACUUCACACUAAGGUACGCGUUAUAACACCACUCCACUUUACACUAAGGUACGCUUUAUAACACCACUCCACUUUACACUAAGGUACGCUUUAUAACACCACUCCACUUACACUAAGGUACGCUUUAUAACACCACUCCACUUCACACUAAGGUACGCUUUAUAACACCACUCCACUUCACACUAAGGUACGCUUUAUAACACCACUCCACUUCACACUAAGGUACGCUUUAUAACACCACUCCACUUCACACUAAGGUACGCUUUAUAACACCACUCCACUUCACACUAAGGUACGCGUUAUAACACCACUUCACACUAAGGUACGCUUUAUAACACCACUCCACUUUACACUAAGGUACGCUUUAUAACACCACUCCACUUUACACUAAGGUACGCUUUAUAACACCACGCCACUUCACACUAAGGUACGCUUUAUAACACCACUCCACUUUACACUAAGGUACGCUUUAUAACACCACUCCACUUCACACUAAGGUACGCUUUAUAACACCACUCCAUUUCACACUAAGGUACGCUUUAUAACACCACUCCACUUCACACUAAGGUACGCUUUAUAACACCACUCCACUUCACACUAAGGUACGCUUUAUAACACCACUCCACUUUACACUAAGGUACGCUUUAUAACACCACUCCACUUCACACUAAGGUACGCUUUAUAACUCCACUUUACACUAAGGUACGCUUUAUAACACCACUCCACUUCACACUAAGGUACGCUUUAUAACACCACUCCACUUCACACUAAGGUACGCUUUAUAACACCACUCCACUUUACACUAAGGUACGCUUUAUAACACCACUCCACUUCACACUAAGGUACGCUUUAUAACACCACUCCACUUCACACUAAGGUACGCUUUAUAACACCACUCCACUUUACACUAAGGUACGCUUUAUAACACCACUCCACUUCACACUAAGGUACGCUUUAUAACACCACUCCACUUUACACUAAGGUACGCUUUAUAACACCACUCCACUUCACACUAAGGUACGCUUAUAACACCACUCCACUUUACACUAAGGUACGCUUUAUAACACCACUCCACUUCACACUAAGGUACGCUUUAUAACACCACUCCACUUUACACUAAGGUACGCUUUAUAACACCACUCCACUUCACACUAAGGUACGCUUUAUAACACCACUCCACUUACACUAAGGUACGCUUUAUAACACCACUCCACUUUACACUAAGGUACGCUUUAUAACACCACUCCACUUCACACUAAGGUACGCUUUAUAACACCACUCCACUUUACACUAAGGUACGCUUUAUAACACCACUCCACUUUACACUAAGGUACGCUUUAUAACACCACUCCACUUUACACUAAGGUACGCUUUAUAACACCACUCCACUUCACACUAAGGUACGCUUUAUAACACCACUCCACUUUACACUAAGGUACGCUUUAUAACACCACUCCACUUUACACUAAGGUACGCUUUAUAACACCACUCCACUUCACACUAAGGUACGCUUUAUAACACCACUCCACUUCACACUAAGGUACGCUUUAUAACACCACUCCACUUCACACUAAGGUACGCUUUAUAACACCACUCCACUUUACACUAAGGUACGCUUUAUAACACCACUCCACUUCACACUAAGGUACGCUUUAUAACACCACUCCACUUCACACUAAGGUACGCUUUAUACAGUGCCUUGCAAAAGUAUUCAUCCCCCAUGGCGUUUUUCCUAUUUUGUUGCGUUACAACCUGUAAUUUAAAUAGAUUUUUAUUUGGAUUUCAUGUAAUGGACAUACACAAAAUAGUCCAAAUGGGUGAAGUGAAAUGAAAAAAAUAACUUCUUUAAAAAAAUUCAAAAAAAUAAAUAACGGAAAAGUGGUGAGUGCAUAUGUAUUCACCCCCUUUGCUAUGAAGCCCCUAAAUAAGAUCUGGUGCAACCAAUUACCUUCAGAAGUCACAUAAUUAGUUAGAUUGCACACAGGUGGAUUUUUUAAGUGUCACAUGAUCUGUCACAUGAUCUCAGUAUAUAUACACCUGUUCUGAAAGGCCCCAGAGUCUGCAACACCACUAAGCAAGGGGCACCACCAAGCAAGCUGCACCAUGAAGACCAAGGAGGUACCAAACAAGUACAGAUCGGGUUGGGUUCUAAUAAAAUAUAUCCCAAACUUUGAACAUCCCACGGAGCACCAUUAAAUCCAUUAUUUAAAAAUGGAAAGAAUAUGGCACCACAACAAACCUGCCAAGAGAGGGCCGCCCACCACAACUCACGGACCAGGCAAGGAGGGCAUUAAUCAGAGAGGCAACAAAGAGACCAAAGAUAACCCUGAAGGAGCUGCAAAGCUCCACAGCGGAGAUUGGAGUAUCUGUCCAUAGGACCACUUUAAGCCGUACACUCCACAGAGCUGGACUUUAUGGAAGAGUGGCCAGAAAAAAACCAUUGCUUAAAGAAAAAAAUAAGUAAACACGUUUGUUGUUCGCCAAAAGGCAUGUGGGAGACUCCCCAAACAUAUGGAAGAAGGUACUCUGGUCAGAUGAGACAAAAAUUGAGCUUUUUGGCCAUCAAGGAAAACACUAUGUCUGGCACAAACCCAACACCUCUCAUCACCCUGAGAACACUAUCAUCAUGCUGUGGGGAUGUUUUUAAUCAGUAGGGACUGGGAAACUGGUCAGAAUUGAAGGAGUGAUGGAUGGCGCUAAAUACAGGGAAAUUCUUGAGGGAAACCUGUUUCAGUCUUCCAGAGAUUUGAGACUGGGAUUGAGGUUCACCUUCCAGCAGGACAAUAACCCUAAGCAUACUGCUAAAGCAACACUCGAGUGGUUUAAGGGGAAACAUUUAAAUGUCUUGGAAUGGCCUAGUCAAAGCCCAGACCUCAAUCCAAUUGAGAAUCUGUGGUAUGACUUAAAGAUUGCUGUACACCAGUGGAACCCAUCCAACUUGAAGGAGCUGGAGCAGUUUUGCCUUGAAGAAUGGGCAAAAAUCCCAGUGGCUAGAUGUGCCAAGCUUAUAGAGACAUACCCCAAGAGACUUGCAGCUGUAAUUGCUGCAAAAGGUGGCUCUACAAAGUAUUGACUUUGGGGGGGGGGUGAAUAGUUAUGCACGCUCAAGUUUUCAGUUUUUUGGUUUUAUUUCUUGUUUCACAAAAGACAAUAUUUUGCAUAUUCAAAGUGGUAGGCAUGUUGUGUAAAUCACAUGGUACAAACGCCACAAAAAUCCAAAAUCCAACAAAAUAGGAAAAAUGCCAAGGGGGGUGAAUACUUUCGCAAGCCAUAAAAUUGUGCUCCUAACUGACCUAAAACAAGGAAUUUUUACUAGGAUUAAAUGUCAGGAAUUGUGAAAAACUGAGUUUAAAUGUAUUUGGCUAAGGUGUAUGUCAACUUCCAACUUCAACUGUAUACUUACUGGUUUUUCCAUUUACCUGUUGAUGCCGAAUGAAUGUAUUUAAGUUGGGCAGCAUAAAUAAUACUUUUUUAGAUUUUUAGCAGACGCUCUUAUCCAGAGCGACUUACAGUUAGUGAGUACAUACAUUUUCAUACUGGCCGUCCGUGGGAAACGAACCCACAACCCUGGCGUUGCAAGCGCCAUGCUCUACCAACUGAGCUACAGGGGACUACAGUAAUGUAAUAAUAAAUCAUUAGGUUUGGUAAUGCUAUUCCCCCUGCUUGUUUACGUUGUUUGAUUGUUUUAGUUUUGACACAGUAUUUUCUUCCUCCCAAGAUACAUUUUCUCAGGAGUUUGUCCCACUGUUUAAAAGUAUUUGUAGUAAUAGCUAUUGGUAGAUUCUGGAACAGAAAUAGAAAUCUUGGGAGGACAUUCAUUUUAAUAGUUUCAAUUCUUCCUGUUAUUGUUAAAGGUACUAAUUUGCAUCUUUGUAGGUCCUGUUUCAGCUGGUUUUCCAGUGUUCCAAAAUUAUACUACUGUAAUUUCAUUAGAUUUUAGGGGAUAGUAAUCGUUCACUGAUGUAGUUUCAUCAGAUUUUAGGGGAUAGUUGUCACGCCCCGGGGGUGAAUACUUUCGCAAGCCAUAAAAUGGUAACAGGUUUUUUAAAUUUUCUUUUUUUUUCCAAUUCACCCAACUUAUUGUGGGAAGCUUGUGGAAGGCUACCCGACACGUAUGACCCAAGUUAAACAAUUUAAAGGCAAUGCUACCAAAUACUAAUUGAGUGUAUGUAAACUUCUGACCCACUGGGAAUGUGAUGAAAUAAAUAAAAGUAGAAAUAAAUCAUUCUCUCUACUAUUAUUCUGACAUUUCACAUUCUUAAAAUAAAGUGGUGAUCCUAACUGACCUAAGACAGGGGAUUUUUACAAGGAUUAAAUGUCAGGAAUUGUGAAAAACUGAGUUUAAAUGCAUUUGGCUAAGGUGUAUGUAAACUUCCAAUUGUAUAUGCUAUUUAGCAAUCACUUUAAAGUAUUAAUUCCACAUGGAAUGGCAUGUUUUUAUGUUAUCUUUCAUCCUCCUCCUAUGAUGUGUUUUUGAUAAGGUACUCCUCCUCCUCCUAUGAUGUGUUUUUGAUAAGGUACUCCUCCUCCUAUGAUGUGUUUUUGAUAAGGUACUCCUCCUCCUCCUAUGAUGGGUUUUUGAUAAGGUACUCCUCCUCCUAUGAUGUGUGUUUGAUAAGGUACUCCUCCUCCUCCUAUGAUGGGUUUUUGAUAAGGUACUCCUCCUCCUCCUAUGAUGGGUUUUUGAUAAGGUACUCCUCCUCCUCCUAUGAUGGGUUUUUGAUAAGGUACUCCUCCUCCUCCUAUGAUGGGUUUUUGAUAAGGUACUCCUCCUAUGAUGGGUUUUUGAUAAGGUACUCCUCCUCCUAUGAUGGGUUUUUGAUAAGGUACUCCUCCUCCAAUGAUGGGUUUUUGAUAAGGUACUCCUCCUCCUCCUAUGAUGUGUUUUUGAUAAGGUACCCCUCCUCCAAUGAUGGGUUUUUGAUAAGGUACUCCUCCUCCAAUGAUGGGUUUUUGAUAAGGUACUCCUCCUCCUCCCAUGAUGUGUUUUUGAUAAGGUACCCCUCCUCCAAUGAUGGGUUUUUGAUAAGGUACUCCUCCUCCAAUGAUGGGUUUUUGAUAAGGUACUCCUCCUCCUCCUAUGAUGUGUUUUUGAUAAGGUACCCCUCCUCCUAUGAUGUGUUUUUGAUAAGGUACUCCUCCUCCAAUGAUGGGUUUUUGAUAAGGUACUCCUCCUCCUCCUAUGAUGGGUUUUUGAUAAGGUACUCCUCCUCCAAUGAUGGGUUUUUGAUAAGGUACUCCUCCUCCUCCAAUGAUGGGUUUUUGAUAAGGUACUCCUCCUCCUCCAAUGAUGUGUUUUUGAUAAGGUACUCCUCCUCCUCCAAUGAUGGGUUUUUGAUAAGGUACUCCUCCUCCUCCUAUGAUGUGUUUUUGAUAAGGUACUCCUCAUGUUCUCUUGGUUUGUGCUUUGUUUUUGUUUCUUAGAAGAAACGUAAGCGGUUUGGACACAAGUGGACCAAGGUAACCAGGAGACCGAGUAUAUCGGUAAGUGGGAUGCAGGGUUGGGGACCAUUUAAUUUAAAUUCCAGUCAAUUUAGGAAGUACACUGAAAUUACAAUUACUGUUACCGCAAUUUUGCGACCUUAUAUAAGCUACAGAUAAGGUCAAAGGUCGAGAUUGUUCUGUUGUCCCCACAGAGAAAAGCCAAGAUGAAAGAAGCUGUGAAAGAACUGGAAGAGGAAGAAGAGGAAGAAGAGGAAGAAGAGGCAGAAGAGGAAGAAGAGGCGGAAGAGGAGGAAGAGGAAGUAGAAGAAGAAAAGCCACAGAAGAAGAUGAGGACUCCUCAACAGGUAUUUGUUGGUUGAUUGAUUGAUUGAAUUCAUGAUUAUUGGUUGGUUUUGGUUGUCACUGUCCUUGCGUACAAAAAGUAUUUUGAUGAUAUGAUGUCAAUUACAUUUCUCAUAAUUCUGUGUAAUCUUAGGUACGGGUGAAAGAGAAGGAGGAGGAAGUAGAGUGGAGGCCAGGGAAAAUUGUGAGUUUUUUUAUUUAAUUUAAACUUUAUUUAACCAGGAAGUCCCAUUGAGUUCAGAAUACCUCUUUCUAAUGGGAGGCGUUGUCUGUCUUCACUAUAUAAUGGAUAUGCAUUAGCCACUCCAUAGUCAAGGUCAAUUAAAUAAAUAAUGACAUGCAGAGGACCUAGAAUAGAGCCUUGAGGGACACCACCAGUUUUAACACAUGGAUACAUUGUCAGGAGUGAGGAGUCCUCAACAUGCAUUAUUAUUAUUAGCUGGCACCCUAUUCUCUAAAUAGUGUAUAUACAGAGCCUUCAGAAAGUAUUCAUACCCCUUGGCUUAAUCCAAUUUUUUUGGUGUUACAGCCUGAAUUAAAAAUUGAUUAAAUAUAUUUUUUUAAAUUCUCACCCAUCUACACACAAUAUCCCAUAAUGACAAAGUUAAAUUAUUUUGGUUGAAAUAUUUGCAAAUGUAUUUAAAAUGAAAUGCAGAAAUCUCUCAUUUACAUAAGUAUUCACACCACUGAGUCAAUACAUGUUAGAAUCACCUUUGGCAGCGAUUACAGCUGUGAGUCUUUCUGGGUAAGUCUCUAAGAGCUUUCCACACCUGGAUUGUGCAACAUUUGCCCAUUUAUUAUUUUCAGAAUUCUUCAAGCUCUGUCAAAUUGGUUGUUGAUCAUUGCUAGACAACCAUUUUCAAGUCUUGCCAUAGAUUUUCAAGCAGAUUUAAGUCAAAACUAUAACUCGGCCACUCACUGUCUUGGUAAACAACUCCAGUGUAGAUUUGGCCUUGUGUUUUAGGUUAUUGUCCUACUGAAAGGUGAAUUCAUCUCCCAGUGUCUGGUGGAAGGCAGACUGAACCAGGUUUUCCUCUAGGAUUUUGCCUGUACUGAGCACCAUUCUGUUUCUUUUUUAUCAUAAAAAACUCCCCAGUCCUUAACGAUUACAAGCAUACCCAUAACAUGAUGCAGCCACCACUAUACUUGAAAACAUGGAGAGUGGUACUCAGUAAUGUGUUGUAUUGGAUUUGCCCCAAACAUAACACUUUAUAUUCAGGACAAAAGGUGAAUUGCUUUGCCACAUUUUUUGCAGUAUUACUGUAGUGCAUUGUUGCAAAAAGGAAUGCAUGUUUUGGAAUAUUUUUAUUCUGUACAGGCUUCCUUCUUUUCACUCUGUCAUUUAGGUUAGUAUUGUGGAGUAACUAUAAUGUUGGUGAUCCUCAGUUUUCUCCUAUCACAGCCAUUAAACUAUAUAACUGUCUUAAAGUCACUGUUUGCCUCAUGGUGAAAUCCCUGAACGGUUUCCUUCCUUUCCGGCAACUGAGUUAGGAAGGACGCCUGUAUCUUUGUAGUGACUGGGUGUAUUGAUACACCAUCCAAAGUGUAAUUAAUUAAUAACUUCACCAUGCUCAAAGGGAUAUUCAAUGUCUGCUUUUCUUUACCAAUCUACCAAUAGGUGUCCAUUUUUGCAAGGCAUUGGAAAACCUCCUUGGUCUUUGUGGUUGAAUCUGUGUUUGAAAUCCACUGCUUGACUGAGGGACCUUACAGAUAAUUGUAUGUGUGGGGUACAGAGAUGGGCCCCUUAGUUCCAGUGAAGGGAAAUGUUAACGCUACAGCGUACAAUGACAAUGCUUCCAACUUUGUGGCAACAGUUUGCGGAAGGCCCUUUCCUGUUUCAGCAUGACAAUGCCCCCGUGCACAAAGCGAGGUCCAUACAGAAAUGGUUUGUUGACAUCGGUGUGAAAGAACUUGACUAGCCUGCACAGAGCCCUGACCUCAACCCCGUCGAACACCUUUGGGAUUAAUUGGAGCGCCGACUGCAAGCCAGGCCUAAUCGCCCAACAUCAGUGCCCGACCUCACUAAUGCUCUUGUGGCUGAAUGGAAGCAAGUCUCCGCAGCAAUGUUCCAACAUCUAGUGGAAAGCCUUCCUAGAAGAGUGGAGGCUGUUAUAGCAGCAAAGGAGGGGACCAACUCCAUAUUAAUGCCCAUGAUUUUGGAAUGAAAUGUUCGAUGAGCAGGUGUCCACAUACUGUUGGUCAUCUAGUGCAUUCGGAAAGUAUUCAAACCCCUUCCCAUUUUCCACAUUUUGUUACGUUAGAGCCUUAUUCUAAAAUUGAUUAAAUAAAUAAAAAUACUAAUCAAUCUACACACAAUACCCCAUAAUGACAAAGCGAAAACAGGUUUUUAGAAGUUUUUGCAAAUGUAUAAAAAAUAUAUAUAUAUAUAUCUUGACUGAGGGACCUUACAUUGUAUUUGUGGGGUACAGAGAUGAAGUAGUCAUUCAAAAAUCAUGUUAAACACUAUUAUUGCACACAGAGUGAGUCCAUGCAACUUAUUAUAUUAUAAACUUAUUAUGUGACUUGUUAAGCACAUUUUUACUCCUGAAUUUAUUUUGCCUUGCCAUAACAAAGGGGUUGAAUGCUUUUCAUUUGUAAUGAAUUUGUAAAAAUGUCAAGCAUAAUUCCACUUUGACAUUAUGGGGUAUUGUGUAUAGGCCGGUGACCAAAAACAUCUAAAUUGAAUCCAUUUUUAAUUCAGGCUGCAACAACAAAAUGUGGAUAAAGUCACUGUAAGGGUGCUAUUUGGGACGCAUCCAAGGUAACGUUGAUGUUUGUGAGUGACAUUUCUCUUCCUGUUGUCAUCCUGCAGGUGUAUCACCACAGCGAGGGAAGUGACUCUGAAGAGGCGCAUGAACAGACUAAUAAUAUCUCACGGAUAACGGUGAGUCCUACUCUUAUUUUCCUUCAUGUACAAUCUCCCUCGCCCAGGUACUUUGCUUAUGGACUUUAUUUAUAUCUCUCUCUCUCUCUCCUCUCUCUCUCUCUCUCUCUCUCUCUCUCUCUCAUCUCCUCUCUCGUCUCUCUCCUCUCUCUCUCUCUCUUCCCUCUCUCUCUCUCUCUCUUUCCCUCUCUCUCUCUCUCUUCCCUCUCUCUCGUGCUCUCUCGUGCUCCCUCUCUCUCUCUCCCCCCCCCCCCCCCUCUUCCUCUCUCAGGGCAAAUUGAAGAAGCGUACUCAGGGCUGUGGUCGGUGUGCUCCCUGUCUGCGUACAGAUUGUGGUAAAUGUGUCUACUGCCUGGACAAGCCCAAGAACGGCGGGGCGAACAAAAAGAAACAGAAGUGCAAGUACCGCCGGUGUCUUAAUAUGGUAAUAUAAACACUUGCAGAUGAUUUUGGUUAUGGUAUAUGGUUCUUAAGAGAAUAUGUAUUUUCAAUUUGUAUUAGGUUAUUUUGCUAAUUCUUGUGUGACGUGUUUUUCAUAGAUAGUUUAAAUUGUAUCACUCUCACACACACGCACACACACACACACUUAAUGCCUCUUAUAGGUGUAUCUAUGUAUGCAGUACCAGUCCAAAGUUUGGACACACCUACUCUUGCAAGGGUUUUUCUUUAUUUCUACAUUGUAGAAUAAUAGUGAAGACAUCAAAACUAUGAAAUAACACAUAUGGAAUCAUGUAGUAACCAAAAAAGUGUUAAACAAAUCAAAAUAUAUUUUAUAUUUGAGAUUCUUCAAAUAGCCACCCUUUGCCUUGAUGACAGCUUUGCAUACUCUUGGCAUUCUCUCAACCAGUUUAAUGACCUGGAAUGCAUUUCAAUUAACAGGGGUGCCUUGUUAAGUUAAUUUGUGGAAUUUCUUUCCUUCUUAAUGCGUUUGAGACAAUCAGUCUUCACUAUUAUUCUACAAUGUAGAAAAUAGUAAAAAUAAAGAAAAACCCUUGAAUGAGUAGGUGUCAACUUUUGACUGGUUCUGUGUGUGUGUGUGUGUGUGUGUGUGUGUGUGUGUGUGUACAGUGAGGGGAAUAAAGUAUUUGAUCCCCUGCUGAUUUUGUAUGUUUGCCCACUGACAAAGAAAUGAUCAGUCUAUCAUUUUGAUGGUAGGUUUAUUUGAACAAUGAGAGACAGAAUAACAACAAAAAAAUCCAGAAGAACGCAUGUCAAAAAUGUUAUAAAUUGAUUUGCAUUUUAAUGAGGGAAAUAAGUAUUUGACCCCCUCUCAAUCAGAAAGAUUUCUGGCUCCCAGGUGUCUUUUAUACAGGUAACGAGCUGAGAUUAGGAGCACACUCUUAAAGGGAGUGCUCCUAAUCUCAGCUUGUUACCUGUAUAAAAGACACCUGAUUCCAAACUCUCCACCAUGGCCAAGACCAAAGAGCUCUCCAAGGAUGUCAGGGACAAGAUUGUAGACCUACACAAGGCUGGAAUGGGCUACAAGACCAUCGCCAAGCAGCUUGGUGAGAAGGUGACAACAGUUGCUGCGAUUAUUCGCAAAUGGAAGAAACACAAAAGAACUGUCAAUCUCCCUCGGCCUGGGGCUCCAUGCAAGAUCUCACCUCGUGGAGUUGCAAUGAUCAUGAGAACGGUGAGGAAUCAGCCCAGAACUACACGGGAGGAUCUUGUCAAUGAUCUCAAGGCAGCUGGGACCAUAGUCACCAAGAAAACAAUUGGUAACACACUACGUCGUGAAGGACUGAAAUCCUGCAGCGCCCGCAAGGUCCCCCUGCUCAAGAAAGCACAUAUACAGGCCCGUCUGAAGUUUGCCAAUGAACAUCUGAAUGAUUCAGAGGAGAACUGGGUGAAAGUGUUGUGGUCAGAUGAGACCAAAAUCGAGCUCUUUGGCAUCAACUCAACUCGCCGUGUUUGGAGGAGGAGGAAUGCUGCCUAUGACCCCAAGAACACCAUCCCCACCGUCAAACAUGGAGGUGGAAACAAUAUGGUUUGGGGGUGUUUUUCUGCUAAGGGGACAGGACAACUUCACCGCAUCAAAGGGACGAUGGACGGGGCCAUGUACCGUCAAAUCUUGGGUGAGAACCUCCUUCCCUCAGCCAGGGCAUUGAAAAUGGGUCGUGGAUGGGUAUUCCAGCAUGACAAUGACCCAAAACACAUGGCCAAGGCAACAAAGGAGUGGCUCAAGAAGAAGCGCAUUAAGGUCCUGGAGUGGCCUAGCCAGUCUCCAGACCUUAAUCCCAUAGAAAAUCUGUGGAGGGAGCUGAAGGUUCGAGUUGUCAAACGUCAGCCUCGAAACCUUAAUGACUUGGAGAAGAUCUGCAAAGAGGAGUGGGACAAAAUCCCUCCUGAGAUGUGUGCAAACCUGGUGGCCAACUACAAGAAACGUCUGACCUCUGUGAUUGAAGUACUAAAUAAUGUUUUGCAGAGGGGUCAAAUACUUAUUUCCCUCAUUAAAAUGCAAAUCAAUUCAUAACAUUUUUGAAAUGUGUUUUUCUGGAUUGUUUUGUUGUUAUUCUGUCUCUCACUGUUCAAAUAAACCUACCAUUAAAAUUAUAGACUGAUCAUUUCUUUGUCAGUGGGCAAACGUACAAAAUCACCAGGGGAUCAAAUACUUUUUUCCCUCACUGUAUGUGUGUGUGUGUGUGUGUGUGUGUGUGUGUGUGUGUGUGUGUAUGUAUGUGUAAUUAAAAGCCUUCUCUCUCCAGCCCACCAAAAGGGACUUAAUGGGAAGCUACUUUAAGAAACACCUGAAAGAAGACCCAGGUGGCCUGAGUGUUCCCAUUGGACCAGGAAGUGUACUACCAAGAAGUGUUCCAGUUGGUCCAGGUGGUGUUCCGAUUGGUCCAGGAAGUGUUCCAAUUGGUCCAGGUGGUGUUCCGAUUGGUCCAGGAGGUGCUUCAAUUGGUUUAGGAGGUAUUCCGAUUGGUCCAGUUGUUCCUAUUUUACCAGGAACUGUAGUAGGAUGUGGAGCAGGAUAUGUACUAUUAGGAAAGACACUUUCAAAAUGGCGUAUGGUAAAACCAGGAAAUGGACCAGGAAGUGGACCAGGUAGGGGACGAGGGAAGGGACGUGGUCGGCCCCCUAAACACUUCACCAAACGGAGGAGACGGGGAUGGAGCCAGAUCCCCUCGAGUGAUACGACAGAGACAGACGAGACUGAGGAGGAAGAGGAACCAGAGCUCAGCCCUGGGGCAGGGGGAGAGGAUGGAGAGGGGUGGGCAGAACUACAGGAGAGGGACGACGACGAUGUGCCUGAACAAAUACCGCAGGUAAGCGCUCUCUGACUGUCUCUGUCUCUGUGGUUGCAUCCCAAUAGCCUCUCUCUGACUGUCUCUGUGGUUUCAUCCCAAUAGCCUCUCCCUGACUGUCUCUGUGGUUGCAUCCCAUUAACCUCUCCUUUCUCCUUCAUGGAUUUGAAAGGAAAUGGCUGGUAUAUUAUUAUAAUAAUAAUAAUAAUAAUAAUAAUAAUAGUGAUAAUAAUAAUAAUAUGGCUGGUAUAUGGUAAUAAAAUGGCUGGUAAAUAAUAAUAAUAAUAAUAUGGCUGGUAUAUAAUAAUAAUAAUAAUAAUAAUAUGGCUGGUAUAUAAUAAUAAUAAUAAUAAUAAUAGUAAUAAUAAUAUGGCUGGUAUAUAAUAAUAAUAAUAAUAAUAAUAAUAAUAAUAAUAGUAAUAAUAUGGCUGGUAUAUAAUAAUAAUAAUAAUAAUAAUAAUAAUAAUAUGGCUGGUAUAUAAUAAUAAUAAUAAUAAUAAUAAUAAUAAUAAUAUGGCUGGUAUAUAAUAAUAAUAAUAAUAAUAAUAAUAAUAAUAACAAUAAUAAUAAUAAUAGUGAUAAUAAUAUGGCUGGUAUAUAAUAACAAUAAUAAUAAUAAUAAUAAUAAUAAUAAUAAUAUGGCUGGUAUAUAAUAAUAAUAAUAAUAAUAAUAAUAAUAAUAUGGCUGGUAUAUAAUAAUAAUAAUAUGGUUGGUAUAUAAUAAUAAUAAUAAUGAUAAUAAUAAUAAUAUGGCUGGUAUAUAAUAAUAAUAAUAAAAAUAAUAAUAAGAUGGCUGGUAUAUAAUAAUAAUAAUAAUAAUAAUAUGGCUGGUAUAUAAUAAUAAUAAUAAUUAUAAUUAUAUGGCUGGUAUAUAAUAAUAAUAAUAAUAAUAAUAAUAAUAAUAUGGCUGGUAUAUAAUAAUAAUAAUAUGGCUGGUAUAUGCACUCUCCUAGCCCAUGCCUAUACCUAUCCAAUAAUGUUAAAUUUAGGGUAGGUAGGGAACGAGUGCACACUUCAAGAGGAAGGAGAGAUUAUUGGGACAUGUCUUUGUUCUGUCCUAAACGGGACACGUUAAAUCGGCAUACAAGCCCCAUCUGGCCCGUGGGCCGCCAGUUUGAGACCUCUGUUCUAGAUCAGGGGUUUUCAGUAUUUGAACUAUUCAAGAGCUUCCACUCCCCAUAUCAGUGGUUUCCAACCGGUGUGCUGUGAGGAACUCUCAGGUGUGCUGUGAGGAACUCUCAGGUGUGCUGUGAGGAACUCUCAGGUGUGCUGUGAGGAACUCUCAGGUGUGCUGUGAGGAACUCUCAGGUGUGCUGUGAGGAACUCUCAGGUGUGCUGUGAGGAACUCUCAGGUGUGCUGUGAGGAUCUCUCAGGUGUGCUGUGAGGAUCUCUCAGGUGUGCUGUGAGGAACUCUCAGGUGUGCUGUGAGGAACUCUCAGGUGUGCUGUGAGGAACUCUCAGGUGUGCUGUGAGGAACUCUCAGGUGUGCUGUGAAACUUUUCUUAAUCUUAAUCUUUUUUUUUGUUGAACACUCACGUAUAAAUGUACAUGUGACCUGUGGAAUGCACAUGUAACAUUUUGACUUGGGAGCGUCAGCUCAGAUGAUACAUUGAAUGGGCACGUGGUUACGUCUGUGUCGCAUUGCUUUGUGUCCGUGGUUGCACCUUUACAAUGCAGAAAACCGCUCGUCUCAAACUGUUCAAAACUACAGGAGCUUCAUGUUAUUUUUUUUUUGGGGGGGGGGUGCGGAACACUCUUAAAGGUGUGUAUUAUCAUGAGCAAGGAACUAUCCAAACUACGAAAAUAGUUCAAAUAAUCCCUAUUUUAAUAUAUAGAUGAUUUUGCAUUAUGGAUCAGUUGAGAUGUAGGUCGUUACCUCUAAAUAAAUGAAUAGGGACAUUUUAGGUGUGCAGCAGAAUUUGUUAUCCACUGAAGUAAAUGAUGUUCCUUUUAUCUUCCUCUGGUUCUAGAUGUUUCCGUCCAAUAGGAUGGUAAACCCCACUAGUGGGGUGUCUGGGUCAGAGGAACCCAGCAGCUGUGGCCAGGUAAGGACCAACAAUGCAUACAAAUGUACGUAUACAUAUAUACUGUGUGUGCAUUCAGAAAGUAUUCAGACCCCUUGACUUUUUCCACAUUUUGUUACGUUACAGCCUUAUUCUAAAAUUGAUUAAAUUGUUUUUUUUCCCCCUCAUCAAUCUACACACAAUACCAUAAUGACAAAGCAAAAACAGGUUUAAAAAACAACAACAUAAAUAUCACAUUUACAUAAGUAUUCGGACCCUUUACUCAGUACUUUGUUGAAGCACCUUUGGCAGCGAUUAGAGCCUCGAGUCUUCUUGGGUGUGAUGCAACAAGCUUGGGAAAACCUACAGUACCAGUCAAAAGUUUGGACACACCUACUCAUUCCAGGGUUUUUCUUUCUUUUUUACUAUUUUCUACAUUGUAGAAUAAUAGUGAAGACAUCAAAACUAUAAAAUAACACAUAUGGAAUCAUGUAGUAUCCAAAAAAGUAUUAAACAAAUCAAAAUAUAUUUUAGAUUUUAGAUUCUUCAAAAAGCCACCCUUUGCCUUGAUGACAGCGUUACACACUCUUGGCACACACACACACGCAUGACAUUGAUAACAUACAGCUGGCGGGAUAUACGCUGCAUCGGCAAGAUAGAACAGCCGCCUCCGGUAAGACAAGGGGUGGCGGUCUGUGUAUAUUUGUAAACAACAGCUGGUGCACGAAAUCUAAUACUAAGGAAGUCUCAAGGUUUUGCUCGCGUGAGGUAGAGUAUCUCAUGAUAAGCUGUAGACCACACUAUUUACCAAGAGAGUUUUCAUCUAUAUUCUUCGUAGCUGUCUGUUUACCACCACAAACCGAUGCUGGCACUAAGACCUCACUCAAUGAGCUGUAUACGGCCAUAACUAAACAGGAAAACGCUCAUCCAGAUGCAGCGCUCCUAGUGGCCGGGGACUUUAAUGCAGGGAAACUUAAAUCCGUUCUACCUAAUUUCUACCAGCAUGUUAAAUGUGCAACCAGAGGGGGAAAAAAACUCUAGACCACCUUUACUCCACACACAGAGACACGUACAAAGCUCACCCUCGCCCACCAUUUGGCAAAUCUGACCAUAACUCUAUCCUCCUGAUUCCUGCUAACAAGCAAAAACUAAAGCAGGAAGCACCAGUGACUCGGUUAAUAAGGAAGUGGUCAGAUGACGCAGAUGCUAAGCUACAGGACUGUUUUGCUAGCACAGACUGGAAUAUGUUCCGGGAUUCUUCCGAUGGCAUUGAGGAGUACACCACAUCAGUCACUGGCUUCAUCAAUAAGUGCACUGAUGAUGUCGUCCCCACAGUGACCGUACGUACAUACCCCAAACAGAAGCCAUGGAUUACAGGAAACAUCCGCACUGAGCUAAAGGGUAGAGCUGCCGCUUUCAAGGAGCGGGACUUUAACCCGGACGCUUAUAAGAAAUCCCGCUAUGCCCUCCGACGAACCAUCAAACAGGCAAAGAGUCAAUACAGGACUAAGAUCAAAUUGUACUACACCAGCUCUGACGCUCGUCGGAUGUGGCAGUGCUUGCAAACUAUUACAGACUACAAAGCACAGCCGCAAGCUGCCCAGUGACACGAGCCUACCAGACGAGCUAAAUCACUUCUAUGCUCGCUUCGAAGCAAGCAACACUGAAGCAUGCAUGAGAGCACCAGCUGUUCCGGAUGACUAUGUGAUCACGCUCUCCGUAGCCGAUGUGAGUAAGACCUUUAAACAGGUCAACAUUCACAAGGCCGCAGGGCCAGACGGAUUACCAGGACGUGUACUCCGAGCAUGCACUGACCAGCUGGCAAGUGGCUUCACUGACAUUUUCAACAUGUCCCUGACUGAGUCUGUAAUACCAACAUGUUUCAAGCAGACCACCAUAGUCCCUGUGCCCAAGGACACUAAGAUUAAAUGACUACCAACCCGUAGCACUCAUGUCUGUAGCCAUGAAGUGCUUUGAAAGGCUGGUCAUGGCUCACAUAAACACCAUUAUUAUAACUCCAGACCCACUCCAAUUUGCAUACCGCCCCAACAGAUCCACAGAUGAUGCAAUCUCUAUUGCACUCCACACUGCCCUCUCCCACCUGGACAAGAGGAACACCUAUGUGAGAAUGCUAUUCAUUGACUACAGCUCAGCGUUCAACACCAUAGUGCCCUCAAAGCUCAUCACUAAGCUAAGGACCCUGGGACUAAACACCUCCCUCUGCAACUGGAUCCUGGACUUCCUGACGGGCCGCCCCCAGGUGGUAAGGGUAAGUAACAACACAUCUGCCACGCUGAUCCUCAACACUGGGGCCCCUCAGGGGUGCGUGCUCAGUCCCCUCCUGUACUCCCUGUUCACCCACGACUGUGUGGCCAUGCACGACUCCAACACCAUCAUUAAGUUUUCCCGACUACACAACAAUGGUAGGCCUGAUCACCGACAACAAUGAGACAGCCUAUAGGGAGGAGGUCAGAGACCUGGCCGUGUGGUGCCAGGAUAACAACCUCUCCCUCAACAUGACCAAGACAAAGGAGAUGAUUGUGGACUACAGGAAAAAGAGGACCGAGCACGCCCCCCAUUCUCAUCAACGGGGCUGUAGUGGAGCAGGUUGAGAGCUUCAAGUUCCAUGCCUAGGUUGAGUCAUUGUUAAUAAUGAUUCUCAGACUGUUCUGAUGUCAUCUCACGAGGACUUCCAGUUUGUUGCCAUCUUGCUGCAAGUAGUCUCUUUCAGGACGUCCACCUCUCCCUGGGAGAACUACAAACUGUUCUGAAGGUCUUAAGGUCCUGGACCUCUCUGGUCAGAUGGUCCAUUCUUUUGUUAGUUGAGUCCGUCAGUAUUUGGACAGAGCUCUUGUAGCUGUUUUCCUGUUGUUGUAACGGCGCCAGGUAGCCUAGUGGUUAAGAGCGUUGGGCCAGUAACUGAAAGGUUGCUGGUUUGAAUCCCCAAGCCGAAUAGGCGAUAAUUCUGUCUGUGCCCUUGAGCAAGGCACUUAACCCUAAUUGCUCAUGUAAUUCGCUCUGGAUAAAAGCAUCUGCUAAAAUGUAAACGUAGCAGCUGCUUGUAGACCCCUUUUUGUUCACCUGUGAUAGAGAAACACUGUCCUCUCCAUUACACCCACCUUUAGUAUAAUUGUAUUAAUAUCCCUGCCUUAUCUCCAGCCCUACCCCCAGAGCUGUUACCAGGGUGACCAUGGCAACCUCCAGUUCAUCAGGAUGAACGGCAACCAAAUUACCAUCACCCCUGGCCCCAGCCUCGCUUCUCAG